AUGCAUAAGUAUUGUUAUAGAGUGGAGCAAUACGUGUCUAAUUCUCCAACCAUUUGCAUUCACAGAAGUACCUGUUUUGUGAUUCUUGUUUCCCAAUGCAGGUGGAAUACACUAAGCCCAACUGCAACCUUCCCCUCCAAUGUUCCCUCCUGCAGAUGCCUGUCAUCCAGUGAGGCUGGCCCCAGUGGCCCCUCCAGCCUCUCAGAUGGGGAGCUGGCCCGGAACUUACAGGACAGCGUCAAGCACCGCAUCCUGUACCUCUCAGAGCAGCUGAGAGUGGAGAAGGCCAGCCGGGCCAGGAACACUGUGGGCUUCCUCAAGCUGGUGUCCACAGCCGACCGGCACCAGGCCCCCCACGUCUGGCAGGCCUUCGAGAAGGUGAACCAGCAUGCCUCUGCCACCGUUGCCCAGAUUGAGCGAAGGCUCCACCGGUGUCACCGGCAGCUGCAGGAGCUGGAGGAGGGCUGCAGGCCCAAGGGCUUAGCGCUGAGGGCAGAAAGCAGCCUGGGGGACAACUGCGAGCAGCCCAGCGAGAAGGCUCUGUUUUCAGAGCCCCCCAAGCCAGGUGCGGAACACUGCCCGUCCACCGACCUGUUUGAUGUCAUUAGACACUUCUCUCCGGAGAGUCACUCCCCAGCCUUGCGGCAGAGGAGGUCCUCGGAGACCAAGCAUGGGGUCCAGCCGCGAGCCCUGCUGUGGCAGAAGGUGAAGGAAGAGCUGAUCAAAGUCAAGACCUUCCACCUCAGCUUGCAGGUGUCCUAUCAGAGCCUCAAGGAGAGGUAUGUGACCAACCUGCAGGCAUUGCUGGAGUCCCUCUGGGAGGAGAAGUGCAGACAAGUACAGCUGGAAGGACAGGUGAAUGAGCACCUACAGGGGCACCUGGACAAGAUUUACCACCUCAAACAGAAUCUGGCCUGCACCGAGGAGAGAAUGGCCUAUCUGUCCUACGAGAGAGCCGAGGAGAUAUGGGAGGUUAUGGACACGUUCAAGAGCCGUGUAGCCAAGCUGGAGGCUCUGCAGCAGGUGACCCAACUGGAGGCGACAGAGAGUGUGCAUAGCCGGCCACCGUUCCUGGUCCUGGUCCUGGUCUCCAGCGCCUGCACGGGCACCGCGUUCCUGCUCGUCGGGCUGGACGCCCUGGCCUGGCAGAAGCAGCAUGCCAUCCCCGCCGCAGACUGGCAGGCCUGGGUCCCCUCCAGAUGGAGACUGUGUUCCGGGGGUUCCAAGCCUCUACCAGAGGGGCCUUAA